CUGAAGUAUCGGCCGGGGCGAGAGGCUGUGGUGCCGGAUGCACUAAGCCGGAGAGACCAAGAUGUCCCGGAUGGAAUCGACGAUCCAAGAGAACAGGCACAAUUCAUCCAACUACUCCCAGACUCAGCCUCCACGGAAUGGAAGCCCAAGGGAGGCCCUACGAGGACGAGCCCUAAGACCCGAGCAGGAAGAAGCGGGCCUAACUCAGAAGAACCCGAAGCAAUAGAAGUAUUCCCGGACAACCCAGAACUUCAAGAGCUGUGGAAUCUGGCUAUGGAAACCGAUACCGCUUACCAGGGAGCUUAUGUAGCUAUAAAGCGACGGGAUAGAAGCUUUUCCCCGGAAUUAUAG